AGUAUCAAUUCUUAUCUGAUAAUUCAGAUAUAUCAUCAGAACUUUAUUUAUUAUUAAAAGUUGCAAAUAUUAAUUCAGACAAAAAUAGUGAAGUAUAUAUUCUUUUAAUUCUGGAAUAUGGUAUAUAUACACAUCUUGAUUUUGGCACAAAUGAUAGUUUUCAAGAACCAGUUGUGUCAAACUGCUUACCUGAUUCAUUAUCUACACAAUACCAAAAUCUUGCUAAAAAGCUUCAUCUAUCACAAGAAAAUAUUGAAAACUUACAAAAUAAAUUAGAUAAUUUAAAUUCGUCUAGUGAUGAAUCUGAAAUAAGUGAUUCUGAUGAAUUAGAUUUUUUGAGCAUAUUGAAAAUUAUUAAUACACUUACUACAAAAGGAGAAUUAUGA